GUUCCUCCUUGAAAUGUCUGGAAAAUUCUCUACCAUUCUUUAAGCGCUUGUCAGACGCUUGGCAGCAAGACAACGUGGACUUGAGGCAACUUGAUAGGAAGCUCAUAACCUGCUUGGAUACAAGUGCGGCUUGCGCACAACGAUAGCACAGAACGGUCUCAAGGCAGCUAGUUUAAAGCGGUGGCGUGUAUUUUGUUUACGUUGGCAUUCACCAGUAGCCUAAGUUGGGCUAGCGGAGAGCUUUAACUAGCGUUAGUUAGCUAGCUAGCGUUGACCUCAGUCAGGCUGUUGCUUGCUGCAUUUGGCGUGGUUUGAGAAGUAGUUAGCUUUAGCCACGACUGUUAGCCAGUGUUAGUUUGAAUUGAAGUGCAGGUCGGAGUAGGAGGGGGGAAGCCUCUUCAUGACAAUGACUGCAGAGGAGCAGACAAGUGAAGGACAACACAGCAUCCCAAUGGAGGGAGAGGACAUCACACCAAAGAAAGAUGGGGGUGUUUUAAAGCUGGUGAAGCGGGAAGGCACAGGCACAGAGCUGCCCAUGACCGGUGACAAAGUGUUUGUACAUUAUGUGGGCACACUUCUGGAUGGUACUCAUUUCGACUCGAGCAGAGACAGGGGAGAGAAGUUUUCCUUUGAGUUGGGCAAAGGGCAAGUAAUAAAGGCAUGGGACAUCGGUGUGGCUACCAUGAAAGUGGGUGAGUUGAGCCAGUUCAUCUGUAAGCCAGAGUAUUCAUAUGGAUCUGCAGGAAGCCCACCCAAGAUACCACCUAAUGCCACUCUUGUUUUUGAGGUGGAGUUGUUUGACUUUCGAGGUGAGGACAUAACUGAGGAUGAGGAUGAAGGAAUCAUCCGUCGCAUUAUCACCAAAGGGCAGGGAUAUUCGAAGCCGAAUGAAGGAGCUUCUGUUGAAGUAACGGUGGAGGGUUCCUGUGAGGGACGUGUAUUUGACAAGAGAGAACUGAAGUUUGAGAUCGGAGAUGGAGAAAAUCUUGGUUUCCCAGUUGGAGUGGAGAAAGCUAUCAUGGCUAUGGAGCAGGAGGAGGAGGCACUCUUCACUAUGAAGCCUAAGUACGGCUUUGGGAAUGCAGGAAAUGAAAAGUAUAAUAUUCCUGGGGGAGCAACGCUGCAAUACAAAAUCAAGCUGACCAGCUUUGAGAAGGCUAAAGAAUCAUGGGAAAUGAACACAAUAGAGAAGCUGGAGCAGAGCACCAUUGUCAAAGAGAAAGGAACACAGUAUUUUAAGGAGGGAAAAUACAAGCAGGCAUCAGUGCAGUACAAAAGGAUCGUGUCAUGGCUGGAACAUGAAUCUGGUUUGUUGGAGGAGGAUGAGAAGAAAGCGAAAGCUUUGCGGCUGGCUGCACAUCUUAACUUGGCAAUGUGCUUCCUCAAACUGCAGGAGCCAAACCAAGCCCUAGAAAGCUGUGAUAAGGCCCUGGAGUUGGAUGCAUCCAAUGAGAAGGCUUUGUUCAGAAGGGGAGAGGCACUGUUUGGUAUGAAGGAGUUUGAUAAGGCAAGGGAUGACUUCCAGCAAGUUAUUCAACUGUAUCCUGCCAACAAAGCUGCCAAGAGCCAGGUGGUUCUUUGUCAGAAACGCAUCAAGGAGCAGCACGAGAAAGACAAACGCAUCUAUGCCAACAUGUUCCAGAAGUUUGCAGAGAGGGACUCAAAGAAAGAAGCAGAUAAGGUGAAGACUGGAAGCAACGGCAAUGAUGAGAUGGAGGUCGAGAAUGGAGACAAAGAAGCAGCAAGUGAAGCGAAAGUGUAGAUGAAGAUGAAACUAUGGUUCAUCAGUUCGUCAGACUUUUGUAACUUUGGCCAUUUGUGUUUAAGGUUUGACUGUGUUUGUUUAUGAAGUGUGUAUGUAAGAACGAGCGUGUCAAUGAGAGCACUGAUUUUGGGCGCGUCUUCUCUGGCUUUUCUCUGUGUUUGGGCUUUUUUUUGUUGUUGCUGUGGCUGCUAAGAGGAGCGGGUGGGGCCUCCCCAGCUGAUGGCACUGUGAGACGUGGUUUUAAUAAAUGAAUCGUGUGCCACAACCUGCACCCCCCACGAACCCUGUCGACCCACAGCUUUUAACUGUGCAUGUGUUUUCACAGCGUUUUUGGGUAGGAAAAAAAAAAGUGCAUCCAAGUGUUAAGUGCAGAAUUUCAAACCCUCACCCGUCAAGGGCUAGACCAUUUACCUUGCACUACCCCCUCUGUCCUAUGCUCCUCCUCACAUUUUAUGCCAUCCAUCCAACCCUCCUCUCUCAUGGGCCUACUGAUCAAUUCCUGGAGUUGUGAUGGUUGUGUGCAUAGAUAUGUGUCUGAAUGUUAGAGUGCUUGUGUCCCAAAGUACGUAUGUAGCAGCACUGUCGAUAGGCGGAGUAAUAAGACAUUAACCUGGAAAAUCUGUUGGACUUCAGCUUCUCUCUCUCAAUCUGAAUAUGGAGCUCCCCUGUAGCCACCAGGGUACAGGCAGGACUAUUCAGUUUUUUCUUUGGAAAUACUGACUUUGUACUUUUUUUUUUUUUCCAAAAUGUUUUCUUUAUUAUUUUUUUUUUUCCAGUGUUGUGCUUGUGAUUUCUGUAUUGUUCUCAAAAUGAUGAAUUCAACCAAUUACUUAACUGGAAUAUGUGCAUUUUAAACCAGCUAGAAAGGACAUUAAUACGCUUCUCCUGGACUCACUCAAGUAAUAAACAGUUAAGUCUUAGUCUUAAUUUACUGUAAGAAGUACAUGUACAGUAUGAACAUGUGCAUAUGUGGCUCAUCAGAUUCAGGCUGUAGAGAUGGUACGCCAUUGGAAGAAGAUGGGAGUCCUGUUCGUUCAUUUUAGUCAACAGAACCAGUAGAGUGGGGCAGAAACUGAAAUGGGGGCUGAUUUUAAAACUGAGCUGUGGGGUCGUGUGAUGAGUUUAUUUUGUCUGUUGGAAGGGUCACUGCCUGGUCUGCCCUGACAGAAGGAUAUAAUAAACAAUAGCUUCAGCUUGA